AGAAAUCUUUUACCUGCCUUCAGUGUGGAAAGAUUUUCCCAUACAAACACCGUCUUGAGAUUCACAUGAGAGUCCACACUAGAGAGAGACCGUUCACAUGUGAUCAGUGUGGAAAGAGUUUCCCAUUCAAACAAAAUCUUGAGAUUCACAUGAGAGUCCACACUAGAGAGAGACCGUAUGCAUGUGAUCAAUGUGGAAAGAGUUUCUCAUUGAAAAGCAAUCUUGCUGUUCACAUGAGAUUCCACACCGGAGAAAAGCCGUACGCAUGCGAUCAAUGUGACAAAACAUUUCAUGUGUCUUCAUCGCUGAAGAAACACCUGGCCGUUCAUAUGAAGGAGAAGCCACAUACAUGUUCUUUAUGUGGAAAGAGUUUUUCACUGCUGCAAAGUUUAAAAUCACAUCAGAAGUUACAUAACGCUGUGAGAGAUUAUAUGUGCUUUGAGUGUGGAAAGACUUUUACUUUGGCAAAACAUUUAUACCAGCACCAGAUGAUUCACACUGGAGAAAAACCAUACAUGUGUUUACACUGCAACGAGAGAUUCAGUCGGUCAGCAAAUCUGAAAAGACAUGAGCUGAUCCACACUGGAGAGAAACCUUACAAGUGUUCAUACUGCGGCAAGAGAUUCAGUCAGCCAUUCAGUCUGAAAUCACAUGAGCGGAUCCAUACUGGAGAGAAACCUUACAAGUGUUCACAUUGCGGCAAGAGAUUCAGACAGUCAUCAAAUAUGAAAUCACAUGAGUGGAUCCACACUGGAGUGAAACCUUACAAGUGUUCACACUGCGGCAAGAGAUUCAGACAGUCAUCAAAUAUGAAAUCACAUGAGUGGAUCCACACUGGAGUGAAACCUUACAAGUGUUCACACUGCGGCAAGAGAUUCAGACAGUCAUCAAAUAUGAAAUCACAUGAGUGGAUCCACACUGGAGUGAAACCUUACAAGUGUUCACACUGCGGCAAGAGAUUCAGACAGUCAUCAAAUAUGAAAUCACAUGAGUGGAUCCACACUGGAGUGAAACCUUACAAGUGUUCGCACUGCGACAAGAAAUUCCGUGAGUCAUCAAAUCUGAAAAGACAUGAGCUGAUCCACACUGGAAAGAAACCUUACAAGUGUUCACACUGCGAGAAGAGAUUCAGUCAGUCAUCAAGUCUGAAAUCACAUGAGCGGAUCCACACCCGAAAGAAACCUUACAAGUGUUCACACUGUGACAAGAAAUUCCGUCAGUCAUCAAAUCUGAAAAGACAUGAGCAAAUCCACACUGGAGAGAAACCUUACAAGUGUUCACACUGCGACAUGAGAUUCAGUCAGUCACCAAAUCUGAAAAGACAUGAGCUAAUCCACACUGGAAAGAAACCUUACAAGUGUUCACACUGCGGCAUGAGAUUCAGUCGGUCAUCAAGUCUGAAAUCACAUGAGCUGAUCCACACUGGAAAGAAACCUUACAAGUGUUCAUACUGUGACAAGAAAUUCCGUCAGUCAUCAAAUCUGAAAAGACAUGAGCUGAUCCACAGUAGAGAGAAGCUGCACACGUGUGAUCAGUGCUCAAUGAGUUUCACUUCUAAAAGUCACCUGAAGCUACACAUGAAGAUCCAUGCAUUAAUGAAACCAGACCACCGUGAUCCAUGCGGGUAGAGUUUCGCUCCGUUACCUUCUUUAUUCACUCACAACAAUCACAGUCUGAAAUCACGAACUGCCACGAGUGGCGAGAACAGUGAUCCAGAAUGAAACAUCAUGAUGCUGAAGAACAUGCUGAUGCUCACUAGAUUUACACUAUUCCAGGUCAAGGAUUUCAACAUUUUAUCUAAAAUUGUCACAGGAAAAGCCACGUGUAAGGCUGGACUCAGAAUUUUCACAUCCAACAAAACAAUAAAACCCACUGAUCUGGCAAAGAGAUCUUCAGGAAAAACAACAGACAGUUACUAUAUAUAUUCUUUUCCUUCGCUUACCUGUGGA